CGGCCUCAUACUGUCAUCCUCAUUCACCAUGGCCGGAACUGGGAAAAUUACGAUCUCCAUCGACCGUGGUGGCACAUUCACCGAUGUCCAUGCCAUCGUGCCCGGUCGCCCUGACAUCAUCCUUAAGUUACUGUCGGUUGAUCCCGCCCACUACCAAGAUGCACCCACGGAGGGUGUUCGCCAGAUCCUCGAGAAGGUCACCGGCGAGUCCUUUCCUCGGGGGAAGCCUCUGAAGAUGGACGCCAUUGGCAGUCUUCGCAUGGGAACUACCGUGGCCACGAAUGCGCUGCUAGAGCGCAAGGGAGCCCGAUCGGCCCUCCUCACCACCAAGGGCUUCCGUGAUCUAUUGCACAUCGGCGACCAAUCGCGGCCGAAUAUUUUCGAUCUAUCCAUGGCCCGACCGGGUGUUCUUCCGGAGGGUGUCGUGGAAAUCAAUGAACGAGUGAUUCCGAUCCAUGCAGCCGCGGACAAGGACUGCUUUUCGAGCUCUCGCGUCGUAGAGGGCGUAACGGGCGAGCAGUUCCGCGUGGUGCAGGAGCUGGAUGUCGAAGAGGUUCGGACUCAACUUCAGCAGCUGAAGGAUCAAGGGUAUCAGUCGCUGUCUGUCGCUCUGGUCCAUUCGUUCGCCUAUCCGGAGCACGAACGCGUCAUCGGAGAGUUGGCCGAAGGCAUGGGUUUCUCCGUCACCUUGUCCUCCAAGCUGCAACCCAUGAUCAAGAUCGUGCCGCGAGGCAUGUCAGCCGCUGCGGAUGCUUAUCUCACCCCUGUCAUUAAGACAUACAUCGACUCCAUCUCAUCCAGCUUCGAAGGCGGCCUAGACCAGCAGCGCGAGUGUCGUUUCGAGUUUAUGCAGUCGGACGGUGGUCUGGUUGACUUCCGCAAAUUCAGUGGCCUCAAGGCUAUCCUAUCUGGCCCCGCUGCCGGCGUUGUGGGCUUCGCAGCAACCAGCUGGGAUCCCACCGAGAAGACGCCGGUAAUCGGUUUCGACAUGGGCGGUACUUCUACCGACGUGUCUCGCUUUGAUGGGCAUUUGGAGCAUGUGUUCGGAUCCAAGGUUGCCGGUGUUCUCAUCCAGUCUCCUCAACUCGACAUUAAUACCGUUGCCGCCGGUGGUGGCUCGAUCCUGUCGUAUCGGAACGGCCUGUUCUAUGUCGGACCCGAGUCUGCGUCCGCCCAUCCUGGCCCGGCUUGUUACCGCAAAGGUGGUCCUUUGACUGUCACCGACGCCAACCUCUUCCUUGGGCGUCUCAUGCCGGAAUAUUUCCCGCACAUUUUCGGUCCCAACGAGGAUCAACCCCUCGACCUCGAAGCAACGACCAAGCUUUUCACUGAAUUGAGCGAGAAAAUCAACACGGAGCGCAGGGAGAGCGGCGAGUCAGAGUACACUCCCGAGGAGAUUGCUCUCGGGUUCUUGAAGGUUGCUGAUGAAUCGAUGGCUCGCCCGAUCCGGAACCUCACCCAGGCUCGGGGUUUCGAGACGGCGGCGCAUCACUUGGCUUGUUUCGGUGGAGCUGGUGGACAACACGCCUGUUCCGUGGCUACAUCGUUGGGUAUUUCUCGCGUCAUCAUCCACAAAUAUUCCUCGGUCCUCUCGGCGUAUGGCUUGGCCCUUGCGGAGGUGGUAAAGGAGUCGCAGGAGCCGGUUUCCAAAGACUAUCUGAACUCGCAGUCCACACUUGAGAGUCGGUUUGCCGAGUUGACCAAGGUUGCCACUGAAGAUAUGGAGGUUCAAGGUUUUGCGGCCAACCAGGUCCGGCACGAGCUGUACCUCAACAUGCGCUAUGACGGUUCAGACACCAGUCUGAUGAUUCUGAAACCCGAGGACGGUUCUGAUUUCUUGGAGCAGUUCCGUGUUCGGCACCGCCGCGAGUUCAACUUCAACUCGGAACGGUCCGUUCUUGUCGAUGAUAUCCGUGUGCGCACGAUUGCAUCGUCAAAGGUGCGGGAAGAAAAGAGUCCCCUUGUGCAAUUGAGGGAAGCCACUCUUCAGGACGUCACAGCCUCCCCAGACAACACUACCAAGGCGUUCUUCGACGGACAUGCCAGCCGUAUCGACACCCCUGUCUACCUACUAGACAAGCUUGAUAAGAAUACUCGCGUCCACGGACCUGCCGUCAUCAUCGACAACACCCAGACAGUUGUGGUAGCGCCGGACUCGGUGGCGAGCAUUCUGGAAACCUGCAUUGUCAUUGAUCUGAAGGAUUCGCAGGCGAAGGCUCAGAGCGGCGUUUCUUCGGGUAUCGACCCCAUCCGCUUGAGUAUCUUCGGCCAUCGGUUCAUGUCAAUUGCCGAGCAGAUGGGCCGGACUCUGCAAAAGACGUCCGUCUCCACAAACAUCAAGGAGCGUUUGGACUUUUCCUGCGCUCUCUUCUCCCCAGAUGGCGGACUCGUUGCCAAUGCACCCCAUGUCCCGGUACAUCUUGGGUCCAUGCAAUUUGCCGUGCGCUUCCAGCACCAGAAGUGGCUUGGAAAUCUAAGGGAUGGAGAUGUGCUAGUUGCCAACCACCCGAGCUCUGGCGGGACACACCUGCCCGAUAUCACGGUCAUCACGCCCGUCUUCGACAAGCCCGGUGGCAGCGAGAUCAUGUUCUACGUAGCAUCUCGCGGCCAUCACGCCGACAUCGGUGGUAUUCUUCCCGGCUCCAUGCCGCCAAAGUCGACCGAGCUCUGGCAGGAAGGCGCCGCCAUCGAAGGUGAUAAGAUCGUCAGCAACGGUGUCUUCAACGAAGACCGUGUGCACGAACUUCUGGUCCGCAAACCCGCUGAACACCCGGGAUGCGCCGGGGCCCGAUGCUUCAGCGAUAACCUGUCGGAUCUGAAAGCACAGAUCGCCGCCAACACUCGCGGUAUCACACUAAUCCAGAGUCUCUUCGCUGAGUACGGCGUCCAAACAGUGCAGAAAUACAUGUACGCCAUUCAAGAAACCGCCGAAACCGCCGUCCGCAACCUCCUCAAAGACCUCCACCAGCGGUUCGGCGGCCAGCCUUUAGAAUCCGUCGAUUACAUGGACGACGGCACGCCCAUCAAGCUGAAAAUCACCAUCAACGGCACCGAUGGGUCCGCCGUCUUUGACUUUGCCGGCACCGGCCCCGAAGUCUACGGCGGCUGGAACGCCCCGAUCGCCAUCACCCACUCGGCCAUCAUCUACUGCCUACGCUGCAUGAUCGCCGCCGACGUACCACUCAACCAAGGCUGCCUGGCCCCAAUCGACAUCCAAGUCCCCUCACCCAGCAUCCUCUCCCCCACCAAAACCGCCGCCGUCGUCGGCGGCAACGUCGUCACCUCGCAACGAAUCACCGACGUCGUCCUGAAAGCCUUCCGCGCCUGCGCCGCCUCCCAAGGCUGCUGCAACAACCUCACCUUCGGGACGAACCCCAAAACCGACCCGGAAACAGGCGCCACGAUCCCAGGCUUCGGUUACUACGAGACCAUCGCGGGCGGCAGCGGUGCCGGACCCACCUGGACCGGCGAGUCCGGGAUCCACGUGCACAUGACAAACACGAGGAUCACCGACCCGGAGAUCCUCGAGAAGCGAUACCCGACGCUGCUGCGGCAGUUCACGCUGCGGAGCGGAUCGGGGGGACAGGGCGCGCACCGCGGCGGGGACGGCGUGGUUCGCGACAUCGAGUUCCUGGCGCCGAUGGAGUGCUCGAUUCUUUCGGAACGGAGGGUUCAUCGCCCGUAUGGCCUUGAGGGCGGGGAGGACGCGCAGGCGGGUCUGAAUCUGUGGGUGUCGAAGGAUGAGGAGGGUGGUGAGAGGGUGGUUAAUAUCGGGGGGAAGAAUACGGUGUCGGUCAAGGCGCAUGAUCGGGUGGUUAUUAUGACGGCUGGGGGUGGAGGGUGGGGAGUGUAUAUCCAGCCAAUCUCCAUCUAA